GGCGACUGCAACGUGAAGACUUAAGAAAAUUAUUCAUUUCACAGAUUGUCAGGAGUUUUAGAGUGAAAUGGGAAGAUCAAUUCAUGCAGACGAAGCCAUUCAAAACUAUAUUGAAGAAUUAAUCAAAUCUGGACAGUGGAAUGUUGGCCUUAUCCUUGGACAGGUAACGAAACAGAGAGAUUAUGUACUGCGGUUGUCAAGGACACCAGACCCAGUAGAAGAUGAAGUGAGUGAGGAAGAAGAACUACCUGCAGAACUUCUCGAAGAAUUGGUUCAUAAGAAAAAAGUGAAAAAGAAAGGACCAAAGAAACCCAAAUCAUUAGAUGAUGUCAAUGAAGGAUGGGUUGCUACACAUGCUAAACAGGUAUUGCGGAUGUUACCAGGAGGUUUAGAUGUUAUUGGUGUUUUUAUAUUAUCUCCACCUAAUAUAUCUCAGAAUGUUGCUACCAAACUUAGACAGAUAUUAUAUCAAGUACAUAGCAGUUUGAACCAGUACCAGAUAUUAAAUAGAGAUAAUGACAUCACAGAUAGAAUCACUAUCCAUAUUGACUCACUCACUAGAAAAAUAACAUGUAGAACAUAUGAUGUACAAGACAAUAGGAGUACUGGUCACCCAGCAGAAUGGAAAUAUCAAGCUAUCAAUGAUAAAUGGAUUCAACUCAACACUUCAGCAUUUCUGGAUAUGAAAAUUGCUGUACCUUCCAAUAAAAAAUCUUCCCCUUUAAUCAAACAGAUACAGAUAGGAUUAAAUCCGUUCUUCAAGUCUCUAACAAGUAGUAUAGGUAUAAUCAAUGGGGCAAUACGCGAGGCGAGUGAACCACUAGAUACUUCCAGUGGUAAGAAGUCACGUGGUAGAGAUAAAGGACUUGUUGUACCACAGUCAUAUAAUAUAGAAAUACUCACCAAACAGGCAGAUAAUAAAGUUUCAGCUCCUAUAUUAUCAAAAGUUAGUUCAUUAAUGGUAUUAAGAGGUCAGAUAGUUAGUCGAGCGUUUAUCCAAGGAAAACCUACUGUUGGUGAUGCCAUUCAUGCAGUAAAAGUUGAUCUAGCUAGAAGUUUAUUAUCAAGAUGUGAAUUGUUAUGUGAAGAUUUGGCUAUCACAGAACAGGAUAAAGCUGUAGAGUUAUAUAAUACACCAGUAAGAGUGUUUGUUAUUGUUCCUGAUUCCUCGGUUGAGAUAUGUGAUUAUAUCUUCCAAGAUGAACGGACUGAUGAAGUUAUAGACAGAAUUAAAGAAUUAUUAGACGUUAAUUUAACAGAAGAAAAUUUAGAAUUAGAUCUUGAAAGACCAGCAGCUGAAGUAGACUGGAUAUCCACAGCUUCAGAACAUGAGAUUCCCACUGAUAUGGAGGUUGACACAGAAACAACAAAUAGUAAUUCUAAUUUUGUUACAUAUAUUGGUUUAGCAGCAAGUGGUAUAGUGGCAGGCUUAGCUAUGGUCUACAACUUUUAUAUAGCUGGUGGUGACAGUUAAACUAAAAAUUAACAUUUUAAUUCAAUUAGCCAAUCCAAUUGGAAGAAUAGUCAGCACAUUUCUAUUAAAAAGUUUUCAUAAAAACAAAAUUAUGUCUAAAUCCUUUCAAGUUUUCAAAAAUAAAUGGUUUUUUUUCAUAUUGCAAUGUCAAUGUUAAAUAUUUUCAAAAUUGUCAGAAGUGAGAGUAAUACAUGUUUUUCUGAAGUUCAUCUGCUGUUAACUUUUCCAAAACAGUUUUUCAAUAUAUUUCACCUUAAGCUUACUUUUCUUUAUGAUGACGUUUAUAUAAAAAUAUCAAAAUAUAUCUUGUUAAUUGGUGCACAUAACCUCUUUCAACAUUUUAAUGGUUUGCAGUUGGUCUAGCGAAGAUGACUUUUAAACGAACUUGGCACUGUUUAUUGUAAUUGUAAAUAAGAAAGUCAAAUGGGAAUGUAUUUAUAAUUGUGUAAACGUGCAAUGUGAUUGCUUUAAGGAAAUAGAUAAUUUACGCUCAAUUUACCUCAGACUUUUUAUGCUGUAUGCUGAUAGGUGUUGAAGGCAACACUAGACUAGCUUUAAGGAACACUGACCGAACACUUACCUUGAGGAUCAUUUAAAUCUAUGGCACAUUAUUGCUCUGUAGACAGUAUUCCAACUGGCAAUUGACUGAUCUAAUAAUCACUGGUGUGAGACUUCUAUGAAUAAUUAUAGUUGAAGACAAGUUGAACAAGGGAGACGAGUGGUUAUUAAUUUUUGAAAAUGAUUCAUCUCAAAUUCGUUGUUGCCUCCCUUUAAAUGUUUAAUAAUUUUGAGAUGUCCAAUAUUAAUUGCAUUUUGUGUUUUGGAUUUGGUUAUUUUGAUUGGAUAUUCCUUAACAAGCAUUAUUUUGUGUUGUCUAGCUACUUUUUUGUUAUUGGUUAACAUUAAUUAAUAAAAAACUCAUCAGAUC